AUGAGCUUCCGCGCCCUCGACCUCGUCCGACCAUUCCUGCCGAUCUUGCCAGAGGUGUCCGCGCCCGACCGCAAGAUCCCCUUCAACACCAAGGUCGGAUGGACGGCAAUCACCCUCCUCAUCUUCCUUGUCUGCUCGCAGAUCCCCCUCUACGGCAUCGUGUCGUCCGACUCGUCUGACCCGCUGUACUGGAUGCGUGUCAUCCUCGCCUCGAACCGCGGUACUCUGAUGGAGCUGGGUAUUACCCCCAUCAUCACGUCCGGCAUGAUCAUCCAGCUCCUCCAGGGUGCUGGAUUCAUCGAAGUUGACUUUACGCUCAAGGAGGACCGCGCCUUGUUCGGUGGAGCCCAGAAGCUCCUCGCCCUCCUCAUCUCGUUCGGCCAGGCGACCGUCUACGUCCUCACUGGUCUCUACGGCCAGCCCUCCGACCUCGGCGCAGGAGUCUGCCUCCUCCUCAUCCUCCAGCUCAUCGUCGCCGCCUUGAUCGUCAUCCUCCUCGACGAGCUUCUCCAAAAGGGCUAUGGUCUCGGUUCUGGCAUCAACCUCUUCAUCGCCACCAACAUCUGCGAGUCGAUCGUCUGGAAGGCCUUCUCCCCGACGACCGUCAACACCGGCCGCGGACCCGAAUUCGAGGGCGCGCUCAUCGCCCUCUUCCACCUCCUCUUCACCUGGAACGACAAGUCGCGCGCGCUCAAGGAGGCCUUCUACCGCGAGCGCCUCCCCAACGUUAUGAACCUCGUCGCCACCGUUGCCGUCUUCGCCCUUGUCAUCUACCUCCAGGGCUUCCGCAUCGAGAUCCCCGUCAGGAGCAGCCGUGUCCAGGGCCAGCGUGGCACCUACCCCGUCAAGCUCUUCUACACCUCGAACAUGCCCAUCAUGCUCGAGUCGGCCCUCACCUCCAACGUCUUCAUCGUCUCCCAGAUGCUCUUCAACCGCUUCCCCGAGAACUUCCUUGUCCGCCUCAUUGGCGUCUGGGAGCCCCUCGAGGACUCGGCCCAGCUCUUCGCCAAGUCCGGUCUCGCCUACUACAUGUCGCCUCCCCGCACACUCCGCGAAGUUCUCACUGACCCGAUUCACACGGCCAUCUACAUCGCCUUCAUGCUCUCCGCCUGCGCUCUCUUCUCCAAGACCUGGAUCGAGAUCUCCGGCUCGAGCCCGCGCGACGUCGCCAAGCAGCUCAAGGACCAGGGAAUGGUUCUUGCCGGACGCCGCGAUGACAGCAUGUACAAGGAGCUCAAGCGUAUCAUCCCGACUGCUGCCGUCUUUGGCGGUGCUGUCAUUGGCUUGCUCUCCGUCACCGCCGACCUCGUUGGCGCUCUUGGUUCGGGAACCGGUAUCCUCCUCUGCGUUACCAUCAUCUACUCCUACUUCGAGAUGGCGGUCAAGGAGUCGACCCCGGGCAUGGAGGCGCUGGGCGACCUCUUCUAA